AAGAAAGGCUGCAGUUUAAAUUGCACGUUACUUUCGACGUAAUGGUGUUUUGCAUUAUGAGAGUGAUUAACAAAAGUUAUUCGCGACUGAAAUUCACACUCCCCUCGAUCAUUAAGUGAAGUCCCAUCUGUAUUUCAGUAUUUCAACGAAGCUAUAAAGACUUAGAACUUUAAAUUAUUAAGCAAAUUUAUCGGAAUACUAGGCAAGCGGCUGGGUGUUUAUCGUAACUAGAUAAUAGAAUUCGAUUGUAAUUUAAAAGUUUUCCUAUCAAAUUUGCCUGUGAGGAUGGCUGCGAGGGUGAAAUCCACGACAUCGAGGGUUUUAUUACAAUGAGUUCAUAGUAAUAUGUGUAGUUGUACGCGAGCGCCCAAUUUUGGGGAAAAUUUGACCCUUUUUCGGGGAAGACGCUAUAGUGCACUUUGGAGAAAUGGCACAGAAACACCAAAUUUCCCUAGAUCUGAGGAAAUUCCCCUUUAGCCUUGGUGGAGGUCAUUUUACUUUGGAGGUUUCCCCAAACUUGGGAGACUGGGUAGCCUAAUCCCAGUCCCCUGAUUUUGGGGGAAUUUCGGGGUUUACCCCAAAGUCGUAUAAAUUUUUAAUUUCCUCCAAAUUCUGAGGUUUUGUGUCACUUCCCCAGGUGUUUCUAUUGUGGUUUCCGUAAAACUGAUGAUUUUCCCCCCGAAAUUGGAAGAUUACGGUAGGCUGUAAUCCGAAUGUUAUACGUAAGUUUGUUAGUGCUCUCAUGCUCCAAGUUUCAUCGUUGAGUUUUUGUACAGGUAGCACUCACCCUAAAAGCAUUUCAACUGGUCUUUUACCUCAUGAUCCAUAAUUGGAAUGAAAACUCCCAGUCUAUCUCUUAACUCUAACCGUCAACUGUAAAUCACAAUCCUAAUUUCUCGCAAUAGUUUAUCUAGCUUUAGUAAGUAGAUGGGCAUUGUGGAGGUCACUUUAGCCCCACUCAAAGGCUGACACAAGUUAUAGUCCUACCGGAUUUUCUCGUCACAAAUCUCAAGUCACUGGGAACCAUGUUUCUGUAUUUUUUGUUUCUUUUUCAUGAAGGUUUUCAAAUAGCAUUAAUUUGACUGUAUCUUCAGGUUCCAAUUUUCCAAUACGCAGAAAUGUCUGGAGCUUUUGCGCAAAAUAGUUCUAGAUACGUAAUCGCUCAUGAAGCAACAAGUGCCAAGCGUCUUUUAGACGAGAACGAGCAUAUCAUCGAGUUAGUUUCUGACCUUGCUAGAAAAGGUCGAUUCCGUGAAUCGGUCCAACUGCAGGCCGUUCUUCAACGUAAUUUAGUGUAUCUUGUGUCGUCAGUUGAUCAGAAUAACUUGGAUUCAAAGCAACCAGUUGGUGCUGACACUGUUGCUAAAUAACUAUCCUUUUAAUCCAUGUAAUUUACUUGAAGCUGAGGUUGUUCGGCUUCUGUUACUUUUGCCACACGAUCUUUCAUAUUGAUGGAUGUUUGUACGAUCUCGCGUCCCACCGAUUUUGCUGUUCAUCAUUUCUUUCAAAGCUUCUUACAAGAAAACCUUUAUUUUAAUUCAUUCUUUCGAAAUAAUAAGAACUCUUCAUACUCUUACAGUUAAAUAUUGCUCUUAGAAAUGAUGUAUAUAUGAAGUUGGUCCAGGCAUCGCAAUCAUUAUUUUGUUAUUUCAAUUCAUUGAGUGAAAGGUAUUGUACUUGUGUUUAGUUUAUUUUUAUUGACUCCACCGGCUUAAAGCCAGUUUGUAAAUAGUUAUGUACAUAUGUUUAUAUUUGUGUAUUUGCUUUAGCUGUUAUUCUGUCUAAUAUCAUUGACAGAUUGGCCUGGUAAUUAAUUUUUUGAGAUUACAUAUAAUUUAAACGACUGUUGUUCAUGUUGUUUACUUGACUGUUUUUGUUGGAAUAUCAAAUCGUAAAAUACUCACCUAAUAUUUAGAUAAAUGCAUCAGUCUUGAGUUGUCGGUUCCUCAAA